AUGAAGUUGUCAAUACCCCAACAAUUUUGGACAAAAUUAUUUAUUGUAUUAAAUAGUUGUUUUGUUAUAUUUGGUAUUGUACUACUUGCAUUGGGUAUUAAAGGAUUAGAAACAUUAAAUAGAUUCGGUACAAUUUUAAAUGGAAUCAUACCGCCUAUCAUUCCAAUAGCAAUAUUUAUAGGAUGCCUUAUUUUAAUUGGUACAAUAAUUGGUUAUAUUGGAUUAUGGAAACCAAAAAAAUUCAUUGUUAUACUACAUAUUGCAUGUUUAUGUCUUGCAGUGAUUAUUGAGAUUGCCAUAGCAACAGCGACAGCUACUACGGGAGAAAAAUUUCAAACAGCCGCUAAUCAUUCAGUACUACAAGCUGUGAAACAAUUUUAUUCAAAUCCUUAUUGUCAAGUAGAAAUGGAUAAAUUACAAAGAAACUAUAGAUGUUGUGGAGCUACAUCAUAUUUGGAUUAUGUAAAAACAAAUAAAACUGUACCAUUCUCCUGUUUUAUUGGUAAAUUAGUUUAUGCAAGAGGUUGUGUAGAAGCAUUCAGUGAUUACGCCCAACAUUAUAUCGUUGCAUUAAUUACUAUGUGCUUUGUAUUUGGUAUUAUUAAAGCUAUUUAUGUGAUUAUCUCUAUUUGUUUAUUUAAAAAUUCAUUGACUAGAAAAAAUGCAUCACCAUAA